AUGCUGCAGCAGUUCAAACGACAGAGAGGUGAAGAAGAUCAUACUGAGAGUGCAGGCAACUUCGCCGCCCGUGGAAGGUCAAACACUAUCAGCACUGCUGCAUCGCCAGGUCUCCCUGUAACCCCUUCUCCUCCCAAGAGAAGCUUCUGGGCCAUAUCUCCCGAGAGUGGCAUUACACGACCUGCGCCGACUCACCAGCCCAAGAGCCUGCGCCAGAGGUUCCGUCGUCGUGAUUCAAGCGAGAGAAUUUCUGAGAUGCUCGUUUCUUCUUCAGCCAUUCUCGAUACUCCGCCUUCCGCGAAGCCCCAGUCCAGCACUCACCGAACGUGGUAUCGAGGACAGCAGCCGAGCUUCUCAACUCCUCGCGCCAGACAGAGCCAACCUCGUGGGUUCUCCUCAAGCAUACGGUCUCGUAGAUUCCGGCCCGAUUCUGAACCUCUCGAUGGAAGCCCCUUCACACUGGCCGAGACUCGCCUUAUUGAAGAGGCUCGUGAGAACAUGUUCUACCACCGUCAGCGAACCGACAUGGUCGCCCAACGAGGAAAGCGGCUUUUCAUCUGGAUCAUGAUCCUGACCCUUUUCUUCCCGUUCAUAGGCCCAGUCGUACUCUACGGCAAACUCAACUCGGCCAUCUCGUGGUAUACCCAUGGGGAAAUCCAGUGUCUCACCCAGGAUCAGCGCGGAAUCCUCAAGCAGCAACUCGUAGUCGAGGCUGUCUUGUACACUGCUCUCAUCAUUGCGCUUUCUGUCCACUACUCAAUCUACAACUAG